AUUCGACAUUGUUCGUUGUAGACCUAUACUUACUUGACCGCGAUGAGCAGCAUGGUGGCCCAGGCUGGGUCACCGCUCGGGGACUACUUCAAAGAUGAGGGUGAUGAGGUCCAAGCAACUCAGGUGGACUCAGACGAAGGCGAUGUGACUCUCGUCAGCUCAAGGUCAUCUAAUGAUCCAUCUGAUGCGCCAAUACUACCGAAGGGAUGGACAGGUGUGAUUGAUGCUGUUGCUGGACCCUCAAGACAAACUCUUCCGGGCCAAUACGAUGUUCCGGACGAGGAUGCGUUUGCUGAACGGUUCAAGUAUCUGAUAUGUACGAGUGGAGUACUGGAGAAGGACUAUGUUCCGGGUCUGGGUGCACCGACCUCGACGUUGGAAGAAGUUGAACCGGAGCGGAGGGAUGUCUUGUAUAAGAUGAAAGGGGAGAGAUGGGAUAUGGUCUUGGCUGGAGCAGUACUGCUUCUUGCCCUCGCUUGGAUUAGUCCGCUGGCAGGGGCAAGUCUUCUGGGCAUUGCCGCAAGUUGGGUACUUUUGGUCAGAGAAUCUAAUGAUACCCGUCAACCUGCAUACAAUUCCCUUCGAACCUUCCUUACCCUCUCGCAUGAUCUCGACACGGUUAUAGAAUCCGCUCUCGGGAAGCUCAAGCCAAUCGAACCGACUUCUCAUGAGCAGCUGCGGAUAGCCCUCAACCAGACGACCAUCAGGAUGAUCGAUCACCUUGCGGCGGCAACGUCCCAACUUCAAAGCUUUGUAGAUGGGGAUCAGCUCAAAGUCUUGGCGGAAAUGUACAGUGUCCCCAUCCCAAAGAGUCGAUCAUUUUCCGACGAGACACCACUCAAAUCAAUCUCCAUGUCCCUGUCAUAUUCCUCCCCGGGUCGCCUUGGCAAGCACAUGCGCAAACUCUCGCUUGCAGCUGCUCCGAUGGAUAGGUUCACAAACAUCCCACCCAGGACCCCACGCGAAUCGAAACGAAUCAGUCUGGACCCUUCAGUGCUUGAACGCAUCCAAUCAGCGGACAGCCUAACACCACAAGCUCUACCAGUCACCCCUCUUUCGGGGAAUCCAAAGAGGAGAAGUCUUCAGAACAUACCUUACUACACGGACGAAUCGCCCACAAAGAAAUCUCGCGGACCAGUGUCUGAAUUGCAAGAGCUCCGGAGCAGAUCAUCGGGUGUGUCAGUCCCCCGCCCGAGGCACACCCGACAGAUGUCAAACAGUCCACUUGCCCUAUCCGCACUGAAGGGGUCUUGUCUCAAUACGCAUCUCAAGCGUCGUCGGCUUGCUUGUUGCCUCCUUGGUCUGCGAUUUGCUGAGCGACAUUCGAGCUACUGGACAGAGAUUUGCGAGGUCGUCGACCAACUCUGCACGGCAAUCACAUCUGAGGUGACAAAAUUACGAGAUGUUUUGAAAUCGACAAAGCGAGAGCCUCAAACGGGUUUCGCGCCACGCCAGAGACCAGAGGACACUCUUCUCGGUCAGGUGGAAAGCAUGCGAUCACAUCUCGUCGUCUUAUGGGAUCAAGUGGAAGACGUCGCAGCUCAAGUGGUUUCUGAGAACGAUCUUGAAGAUCGGUGGACUGCCAUCAGGCAAACGCUGAGGGCGAUAAAUAGGGAUUGGGAGCGUGGCAAGGAGUCUGCCACGGGAUUGAGCUCAACAGCCAAGGAACCAGAAAGGCGGCCGGAGUCUCAGGAGCAAGAGGAUCGUAUCGAGCCCCUGCCCGCAUUCAUGAGGAGAUGGUCGGAUGCGACAAGCUAUUCUGUCGACCAGGGAGAGACGAGUCAACCUGUGGAAGAGGUUCUGCCACCACCGGGCGUUGACGAGGUAUUUGAGGCGGAUAUUGGGCGGGGCAGAGUUGAGAGAACUAUGAGGUAUUCCGAAGCAGUCCCCAUGCGGAAUGGCGAAGUGGUCGAAGAGCUCAAAGGGAUGAUAGGACUGAUCCGCCAGCGCAAGGGUAUGCCAGAGUCGCGAACGUCUGAACUAGCUCCUCCUCCACAGGUGCCGACGGUCUUAUUUCCAUCGGAGGAAAUGCGUCGGGCGUUUGUAUUUCCUACCCGAGAUCGAGAUGCAUGACGCGAAAUGUCCAGU